AUGUACCUAUACACCAAAAAUUUCCUGUCCCAAAGAUACAUCCACGUCCUUAUAAACGGUGUGCGCUCUCAUAUCCAGCCUGUUCCGGGCGGCGUUCCCCGAGGCUCGGUGAUAGCACCAGUCUUGUUCCUAAUUGCCAUUAACACCCUAUUCGAAACAAUACCCGACAACAUCAAAACUUUAAUAUACGCCGACGACAUCCUAUUGUUAUCCAUUUCCCCUUUCCCUAUUAUGGCCCGAAGAAGAAUCCAACAAGCGGUGGACCUGGUCGCCGAGUGGGCUCCCAAAAUAGGUUUCCAAUUCUCCCCCAAAAAGUCAACCCUUCUUCACCUCGGCCCCAAUAGGAAGAAAAUAAAAAAACUGCAACCCCUCACGAUGUCGAGCGAAACCAUCCCACUGGCCCGCUCCACCCGCCUAUUGGGCGUAUGGAUCGACGACCGUCUUAAUUUUCUAUGUCAUCUGAACAACAUCCGUAAAAAUACCGUAAACAAGAUCAAUAUCCUCCGUAUUAUGACUAACAAAACCAGCCUAGCACAUCGUGACUCUCUCUUCCGGUUCCUCCACGGCUGGCUUAUUCCUUCAGCCCUUCAAUGGAUCGGUACCGUGAGUCUAGCCACAGACGAAGUGAUAAAAAAGGUAGAACCACUGUACAAUGACUGUGUCAGAAUCAUAAGCUCCGCCUUCAGAUCAAGUCCAAUCCAAUCACUGAUGGCCGAAAGUGGACAACUACCCUUCAUCUAUCUCCUCACUAAACAUCUUUCCUUGAAAGCCAUAAGGGCACUCGCUAACGGUGGCUCCAGAGAUACCCCACUAGUUGAAAGAACUAACACACUACUAGUCAAGCUCAUCGGUGAACCCCUUCCCGCUAUCUGUACAAGUAACGGCCCAUCAAUAAAAUAUUGGAAUGACACUAAUCCUAAAGUAGAUCUGAGUCUAGGCAAAGUAAUCAAAGCCGGCAAAGCCUCAGCAAUUGUCCUCCCACACUUUUAUCAACUCGUCCAAGACAAAUAUUCUAACUCCCCACACAUCUAUACCGACGGCUCUAAAACCGCUGAUGGAAAGGUUGGCUGCGGCAUACAUGACGGAAUCUGUAAUAGAAGUUUGCCCCUUCAGGGCCAAUGCUCCGUCUUCAGUUCAGAAGCCUACGCCAUUCUUGAUGCCGUUCAGAAAUCUACCACAGACACCGUCAUCUUUUCUGAUUCGGCCAGUGUUCUCUCUGCGUUGGCAGCCGGCAAUCUAAAGCACCCCUGGAUCCAAUCUAUUUUUCACCUAGCUCCUAUUAAAAACAUCACACUCUGCUGGAUACCGGGCCACUCUGACACUCCAGGUAACGAUUCAGCCGAUCGACUUGCCUCAGCCGGCUCCAAAAUUACUCCCCCCACGAUUCCCGUCCCGCAAUCCGAUGCCACUCGAACCACUAAAAACUAG